AUGGGCCUUACAGAGCCUCCUCGUCUCCAUGCCUUUGGGUAUCACUUGGGUAUCCGGGAAGAGCCGAAGACUACACUCAAGCCUCUCUUACCAGAACUGCUCACAUGGGAUCAGGCGAGGGCCCUGAUCGAUAUAUACACAUCUGUAAUCCAACCCGUCUUUGGAUUUCUGGAUACGGACCUGCUUUACCAGCGAAGUCGCUCCCACUGGCAUGGCCAGACACAAAGAAUACAAUACGAGGCUCUACUGAGCGGCGUCAUUGCCCUGGCCUCGUUUUUCUCAGAUCAGCUCCCCAGAGACGUUGAAAUGCGAAUCGCCCUUCACUCAAAGUCUAUUUUAGAAGACCCAAUGGUUGGCAUCUUCCCCUGUCUCGAUCUCGUCUCGGCGUCAAUCUUGCGGACGCUAUAUGUCCGCGGGACAACUCGUCCAUAUGUGGCUGGCCUGUCUAGUCUAAUCACGAUCAACAUGAUAGAGGUCAUGGGUUUCCACCAGAAUGAAAAUUCCAUAUCUUUUGUGGGAGAUCAGAGGCCUGCGGAUAACGUUGUCGGGGGAGUGAACAUCAGGGAGAGAGUUGCAAUGGUUGCUCAGAGUCUUCACAUCCUCUUUGCCUACGACUUUGGAAGAUCUAUCGUGAAUCUUGUAUCUUUGCCUCCUUGUAAUCCCCCACAAAGUGCCGGGGACUUUACAUUCCAACAGACAGCACUGACGAACAUACUCUCCAAAAGUCUUGAUGAGAAAGAAAGUGCAGCAGAUUCGAGGGAGCGCCUUGUGAUAGCACUGGAAGAACUCGCAGCUAUGCCAGCCAAUCACGAUUUCACAGUUUUGACAAAGGCCGAACUCUGUUUUGCUGUAUAUCGCCGCCUGAGACUGCUUCAUCCGCCAUUGCAAGAGGCUCAGGUUGAACAUAUCAUCCAGGUUGGGGCCGCUGCCAUACCUGCAGCUCGCCGCCUCGCGGCUCUGAAGCACCCGUGGUGGAAUACUAUCCAUACAAUAUUUCAAUAUAAGUAG